UAAGCGCUUUCUCACACAGGUUUGGAUGUGCUGGUAGUUUCGGUUUGAUUUGCGUUUGCUAACCAGCUAUAUAGAUUCCUACGGUGAACAACAACAAAUUCUCAAAUCAUGGACGGCCGUGGAUACGGUUCAGGAGGAUACUCGAGUUGGGGUGGCGGCGGAGGUGGGGGCUCAGGGAGCCGAGGAUCAGGCAGCUAUGACCUGUAUGGGGGGGGUUAUAAAGACUCCAUGUCAGGGUUGGGGGGCUACGGCGGGGGCUACGGCGGCGGCGGGGGUCAGAUGAAGCGGGGUCUUUCCCUGUCGUCGACCGGCACCAGUGCGGACGCCGUCAUCGCCAAGAUCAACCAGCGCCUGGACAUGCUGACCCAGCUGGAGGGUGGCGUGAAGGGGGGCAGCCGGAGCGACAGGUUUGACCAAUACGAGUCCUUCGACUCGCGGGGCUCCUCCUCUCUCCCCUCCCGGGAUCUCUACAGAUCCAGUAGCUAUGGUUACGGCGAUGGCCGAGGGGACGGGAUGACCCAGAGAGCUUCAGGCUUCGGAGGAGGUGCAGGAGGGGGCUCAGGCUUUGACAGCUCCUCCUCCUACGUAGCUUCUAAGUUCCAGCGGCAGAACAUGAGAGACUCCUUCUCCAGUGGCCUAGGAGGAGGAGGAGGAGGAGGAUGGGCCGGAGCUGGCCGACGCUCCCCGAGAAGGGGUGGUGGCGCUGGUGGGGGGGGGGCGCGGGGGGUUUGGGGCCGCAGGUCCGACCCCACUCCCAUGGGUGGAGGAGGCCGGGGAGGCGGUCACUCCCCUGGGGGCAGGGGCAAGCUCCCGUCCCUCCUUGGCCACCGCAUGUACCCCGAGACCGGGCCCCAGGACUUCCCGGGGCGCAACUUUGGAGGCGGUCCCAGGGCAGGCCGACAGCGGGGGCGCAAGAGGCCCCUCAACCGACAGCAGCAGCAACAACAACAACAACAACAACAAAAGCCUGGAGGAGGUCAGCGUGACGGACAGAAGAAGAGGAAACAGACUGUGACGGCUGCUGACGAACCCGAGUCCAAGAUGAACAAGACAGAGACCGCAGGAGGAGAGACCGCUAAAGAACCCGCCGAGAAAAACGGAGAAGCCAAGGUCAAGUCCCCUGUUCCUGCAACAAAGGGCCCGGCUGAUGGCGAGAAAGUGGUGACCAUGGAGGAGGAGAUCUCCCAAGUGAAGAGGAAGCUGCAGACGGGGAAACAGACUCCGCCGCAAGACAAGACGAGCAAAGUCCGGAGGAGAAGGGGCUUCCUGGAGAACUCCGGGGUCAAACUGAAUCCCAGAGGUCGAACCCAGAGGGUGACGUUUGCGUGCUCCGUGUGUAAGUUCCGCUCCUUCUACCACGAGGACAUGGCCGCCCACCUGGAAAGCAAGUUCCACAAAGAACACUUCAAGUUCCUCACCAGUCAGCUGUUCAAACCCACUACAGACUUCCUGCAGGAGUAUCUAAAUAACAAGUACAAGAAGACAGAGCAGAGGACCAGUCAGAUGGAGAAUCACAGCGCCGCCAUCUGCCAGGUCUACAAGGAGCAGGACCUGACUAGAGAGCUCGGCAUGGAGCACUUCAUGCGUAAGGUGGAGGCGGCUCACUGUGCGGCCUGUGACCUCUUCAUCCCCAUGCAGUUCCACCUGAUCCAGAAACACCUCAAGUCCAACGACCACAACUUCAAACGCAAGGGCAUGAUGGAGCAGUCCAAGAGGGCCAGCCUGUCAGUGGCUCGCAGCAUCCUGAACCACAAAGUCAUCAGCAAGAAGCUGGAGAGCUACCUCAAGGGUGAAAACCCCUUCCUGGGUAACCAGGACGACCAAGAUCCCGACGACUCCAUGAUGGAGGUGUCGGAGGCCGAGGUGACCAAUGACAACCUGGCCGAGGCGGAGACCAGCAAGGAAGAGGCGGAGCCAGAGGCAGAUCAGGCAGUUGCCGGGCCUGACGGGGCGGAGGAGAAGAUGGAGGAGGGGGGAGCAGUGUUGGCAGACAGAGGAGAAGGGGAGACUCAGGAGGGAGAGGUGGUUGCGAAGGAGGGGGUGAAACCAGUGGAGGUGAAACUGGAGGAGGUGAAACCGGAUAAGGAAGCAGCUGGGCAGGGAGAAGGGGAGCAGGGAGGAGAGGAUGAGGAAGAAGGGUUUGAGGUCGGUGACGAAUUUGCAGAUGAGGAGUUGGGUGAGGAGGACGAGGGAGUGGAAGGGGAGCUGGGUGAGGAGGAGGAAGAUGAAGGUGUUGGGGGAGAAGAUGAUGGUGUGGAGGCAGUAGUGGAGGAAGGAAAAGAGAACAGUGAUGUGGUCGUCAUAGAGUGACCUUUAACCUUUAAAUGACUUCCCUCUGGACCAAUCAACACAGUCCUCCCUUCCCUGCCAAUCCCACUGUUCCUCUCAGUCAGCCAGUCAGAUUUAUUUAUACUUGUUGUACAUCCCGCCUCCCAUCUAGAUACGUUGGUUUUUAUGUACCUAUGUUCUCUUUGUGUUUGAACUUUUUUUUUUUUUUGUGCCUUUGCUCGAAAUCUGUCAGGCUAUGUUGGUGAACUUUGACCUUGUUUCAGUAGCUAGAGGACGGAGAAGCUUUUUUUUUUUCUUCCCAUUUUGAUGACUGCACACCUGUUAUUACAAUUGGACACCCAAGUGAGUCAUGACUUGGUACCUAGGAGGUGUCACUGGGUUGGUUCCUCUUGUUGACUGAUACCACGCAUCCAAAAAACACAACUGUUGAAAUUGUGGGGUUCUUUUCAUGUUUAGAUUCAAAGAUCGAGGGGCAGGAUAUUGUUCUUACGUUGAAUGUCAUCUUGUGUUUUUAUUUUCUUUGACAGAAAAAUAAAUGUUUAUAUCCAUUU